AUGAGAUCUAUACGACGUAAUCGUCAGUAUACAUGUAAAAGUCGUGGUACAACAGUUGGCAGUAAAUCUGGUAUCGUAGUCUGUCGAGUGGAUAAAUCUCAUCGUAAUCAAUGUAGAGCAUGUCGAUUAACUAAAUGUCUUGAAGUUGGUAUGAAUAAAGAUGCUGUUCAACAUGAACGUGGACCAAGAAAUUCUACAUUAAGACGACAAGUUGCUUUAUUUAUGACUAAUGAUCAUCAAACUAUACAUAAAUCACAAUUAUCUCGUCAAUCAAAUCAAUUAUAUCAUCAUCAUCAUCAUCAAUAUCCAACAUCAUAUCAACAAUUAUCUCAAUCAUCUAUUCAUCAAUCUAUGCCAUUUUCACAAAUACCAAUAACAACACAAUUGAUGCAUGCUAAUACUUUAUUAGAUAUGACACUUGGAAAUUCAUUGAAUACAAAUAACAUUAAUAAUGACAAAGAUACUACUAUUACUACUACUACUACUACUACUACUACUCACACUACUACUAAGAAUAUUAAUAAUAAUAAUAAUAAUAACAGUGAUCAACAAUAUUCAGGAAAUUCAUUAUCAAUCAAUAAUAUACUGAAUUUUACAAAUCCAGCUAUUCUAUGCUUAAAAUGUACAAAUGAAUCACUACUACCUUUUUGUUCUACUACACCUUCAUUAUCAUUGUUGUCAACAUUGUCUUCUUCUUCUUCUUCUUCUUCUACUACUACUAGUAGUACUACUAUUGCUACUGCUACUACAACUUCUUCUACUUCCAAUACAUUGACAACAAUUACAGCUAUGAAUAAUCCCAUGGUUACUACCUCUACAAUAAAUAAUAAUAUGAAUGUUCUUUUAUCUAAAUCAUCAACUAUUACUAUAACAUCUCCACCAAUCUGUUCUACCUCAACUACAAUGAAUAUAAACCAUAAUAAUUUUAAUUAUUUCAAUUAUUUACCUUCCAUGUUUCAUUUGUGUAAUCCAUUUAAUUUAAAUUUUCCAAAUCAUAGUUAUUUUUCAACCAUAAGUAAAUCUUCAAUACCAUUAAGUAUGAAUAAUACUACUUCAAUUAUGAAUAAUACUACUCAUAAUAUUAUGAGUAGUGUUUGUAAUGACAGUACUAGUAGUAUGAUGAAUAUUGACAAUAUUAGUACUAUUAAUACUAAUACUAAUACUACUAAUAACAGUAGUAAUGGAAGUACUAUGAGUAGUAUGAAUUGUUUAAAUAAAAAUGAGAAUAUUCACCCAAUAGAAUAUACAUUCAAUAGAAAUUUCUUUGAUAAAUUACAUAAUCCUCUUCAAAACAACAAUCAUAAUGACGAUGAUGAUGAUGAUAUAACCAUGUCUAAGGAACCAAUGACAAUCUCAUCAUCAAAUCUACAUAAUCUUGAUCAUUUCAAUAUAAAAACAACAUGGAAUAAAGCGUUAGCUUUUGCUAAAUUAUGUUUACCAGAUUUAUUUACAUAUUCAAAUACACAUUAUAUUGAUGAUAUUGAUCAUUCGAUCAAUAAUAAUAAUAAUAAUAAUCAAUAUAUUGAUUAUACAAAAUCAUUAUUAUAUUUUCAAUCAAUUUUAAAAUUAAAUAAUCCAUAUGAUUAUGAAAAAUCAAUAUUAUGGCCAUGGUUUAUGUCAAAUUCUAAUCAAUUUAUUGAUUCAUUAUUACAUUCAACUUGUAUGAAUGAUCAUAAUUUGGAUAAUAAUCCUAAACAGAAUAAUCAUAAUAUAACUGAUCCCAAUAAUAAUAAUAAUAAUAAUAAUAAUAAUAAUAAUAAUAAUAAUAAUAAUAAUGGUCAUGUGAACUCACUGUUGAAUUGUAAUAUUAAUUCAGGGAAUCAAAUGACCAAUACAUUAUAUCCUACAAUGCCAAUACUGACAUCAUCAUCAUCAUCAUCAGUAACGUCGACGGUGACAUCAACUCCGAUCACUUUUCCUCAAUUACCUUAUCAUUAUUCUUCAUUAUUAAACUUGCCACAGACUAUGAUGAUGAAUAUAAAUAAUGAUAAAUUUAAGAAUGGUUCAAAUGCAUGGCUUUUCAAUGAAAGUCAAUCAAUGCAAAGGAAAUGUGAUUUAGUACAUCAAAAAGAAAAUCAACAACAUUGUCAACCAUUACCUCCAUCAUAUUCAGAAGCAAUAAAAAAUCAAUUCACUAUAUCAAAUGGAUUGUUAUUAUCAACAUCAUCAUCAGCAAUUAAUGAUUUAAACAAAACUUUAUUAGAUGAAUGUUCAAUGUUAAAUCAAUCCAGUGAUAAUAAUAAUAAUCCAUAUUAUUCAUAUUCAUCAUCUAUUCCUUCUUCUCCUAUUAUUAAUGGAUUAUUACCAUGUUUCUCAUUCUCUUCUAUAUCUUCCAUAUCAUAUUGUAAUAGUUUUCCAUUGAAUAAUUCAUCGAAUCCCUCUACGUCAACAUUCUCCUCCUCCUCCUCCUCAUCAUCAUCAUCAUCAUCAUCAUCGUCGUCAACAACGACAACAACUUUAUCAUCACCGUUAAUGUCAACAUCCACCUCAUUGUCAUUAACAAAUACAACAUGUUUACCAUUGAAUAUUAUACAAUUUUAUUUAAAUCAAUUAUUAUUUCAAUUAAUUCAUUGGUUAUGUCAAUUUAGACCAGAUUUAAAAAUGAAUGAACAUUUUAAUUGUUCUAUAAAUAAAUACAAUAUGAUGAAUUCAAUGUGUCAACAAUGGGAUUAUUUAUUUGGUAUAACACUAUUUUUAGAAUUUUAUAAAAUGUCAUUAGAUGAUGGUACUACUAAUAAUCAUAUGAGUAAUAGUGAUGUAGAUGAUGAUACAAAUGAUCAAUCUAUUAUUUUUAAUAAAAUGCAUUAUUUAUGGUUAGAAUUUGUAUGUAAACCAUUAGUUACAUCAUGGAAUAAUGUGAAGAAAUCAGAUAUUGAUUUAUUAACUACUUUGUCAGAAUCCAAUUCAAUAAUUCAAUUAUUUACACAAUUAAUUGUUUUAAAAUUAAAUGAAGAAGAAAUUGAUUGGUUAAAAAUGAUGAUCUUGUUUAGUUCAACAUCAGGUAAUAUGCUGAUUGAUUCAUUUCAAUUCAUACAAAAUUAUGUUAUAAAAUAUUAUCAAACUAUAUUAAAUGGUUGUUUAUUACGUCAAGAACAAUUAAUGCAUUUAAUUCAAACAAUUUAUUCAUGUAUUAAUAUAAAAUGUAAUUUACCUAUGAAUUGGUUAAAAUAUUAUAUUGAAUGUAUAUUUCAAUUAAAUAAUGAACAAUUUAAUUUAAUUAUAAAACAAAUGAUAUUCACAGCAAUAGAAACUUCUGAAAUGUUAAUGAUGACAACCCCAUCAACACAAUUACGACCACCACCACCACCACCAACAACAACAACCACAACAACAACGACAACAGCAACAACAACUAAUUUACAUUAAGAUCUAUUAUGGUUAUUGAAAGUGAUGAAUGAAUUCACAGUUUAAAUCAAACUAAAGAAUAAACCAUAGUAACCAAUGUUCAAGUCUAAUUUGAAAUGUACACAUACUCAAUGAUGUCACACACAUACACACGCACAUUUAUUCAGUAUACUUAAAUGUUGUUGCCAGGUGAUCAGUAUUCAAGCCUCUGUCUCUCUCGCAUGCACACACAUUUAUUCACUCUAUUUAAAUAUUAUUAUCAACAAUAAAGAUGAUAUAUUGUUGUUAAUUAACUAAAGAAUGUUUUUGUUUUGUUUUUCCCCCCGAUUUUCUCUAGUUUUUUUUGUUUUCCUAAUUCAAUGAUCUCUUUAAAUGAACAGAUAACUAAGUUCAGGAUUUUAACAUUACAAUAGUUACAUAAACAUACACGCACACACACAAACACACAUACGCACACAAAUGCACUUGAAAACAAGAAACGAACAGAUGAAUAUACGAAAAAAUAUGACUUCCAGUUUUUUUUUUGUUGGUUGUUUGACUACACUAUUUUUGUUGUUGUUCUGGUUGUUGUUUUACCUUAUUUUG